ACACAUUAGUCUUUUUAAUCAGCAAAAUGAAACUGGCUGUGGCGUUAUUGGCUCUGGUAGCGGUCUCGGCUGCUAAGAACAUCGACUUUGAAGAUGUGAUCGAUUUAGAAUCCAACCCAGUAUUUGGUUAUCAUGAAAAAAUCGGUGCUCCAUUGGCCGAAAAGAUCCGUAUAGCUGAGGAAGAAGCUGCACUUAACCCAUCCAGGAUUGUGGGUGGUGCUCCAGCUCAGCUCGGUCAAUUUCCCUACCAGGCUGGUCUCAUAAUCAUCUUGCCAUUCUGGAGUAGUGCUUGCGGUGGUUCCUUGCUGAACACAAGGAAAGUGAUUACUGCUGCUCACUGCUGGUUCGACGGUCAAUCUCAGGCCAUAAGUUUCACUGUGGUCCUUGGUUCAAUCAAUCUCUACAGCGGUGGUACAAGAGUGUCUUCUUCCAAUGUUGUCAUGCAUCCCAACUGGACUCCAAGUCUAGUCCGAAAUGACGUUGCUAUGAUCACCUUGCCUAAUGCUGUGUCUACCUCAAACAACCUUUCUCCUAUCGCUCUGCCAUCUGGCAAUGAGCUCAACAACAACUUCGCUGGCUUUACUGGUACAGCAUCCGGUUUCGGUUACACCAGAGACGGUGGAAGUGUGAGCCCGACCCUGAACCACGUCGACUUACCUGUGAUCACGAACGCUGUCUGCAGUAACAGUUUGUUCUGGUACGUCCAGGAUUCUAACGUUUGCACCAGCGGCGCUGGCGGAAGAAGCGUGUGCCAUGGUGACUCUGGUGGUCCUCUUGUCGUCACCAGCAACAACAGGCGUAUCUUGAUCGGUGUGACCUCUUUCGGACACUGGGACGGUUGCCAGAGCGGUAACCCUGCUGCCUUCGCUCGAGUCACCUCUUUCAUCAGCUGGAUUAACCAAAACCUUUAAAUAAAUAACAAUAGAAUAAAAUUUGAUAACAAAUUGUUUAAA